AUGCUUUCCUCCAAUGCUUCUGGGAUGUUUUCCUUUUGUCAAACAGGACCAGCGGACCUGGCGGGUUCGUCCUGGGAUGCGACAGUUGAAGGAACACAGAACUUCCCUGAGCUUGCAGAUGCAGCAGACUACUACACUGGAGAAACCGAGGACUUUGUUCUUCCCUUUGGCCAAAACACCCCGAAGCCGGACCACCUGGAUGCCGCAGAUGAGUUCCAGGCCAGAUGGGCACCUGCCGUCGCGGCCGAGAGCAAGGCUCUGAAGGCCGAGCCCAUGCGGAGAGGGACUUCGCGCAGCUCUGCCGGCAGCCACAAGAACAGGAGCAGCAAAAUGUCUGCCCAAGGAGUCAAGAAGAACCGGUCACGGGUCCAGACCAUCCUCUCGCAGGCGUCUUCGCAGAUGCCCAAGCUUGAGAUGCCAGGUAACACCUCGGCCUAUGCCCAAGGCCGCAUCAUGGACGUCCAGCAGUAUCUUGCUCAGGACCUAGACACUCUUGCUGUUUCACCCCAGGUGAAUGGCGCUCCCUUUUACCAUGGUCUUGUGGGUUUCACCGAUGGGCUUCCCUACUCAGGAGAUCUUGGCGCUGCCAUGUCCCAACACGUGAACCCGCAGAUUUUCGAUGCUGGCCUCAUGGCCGCUUCGCCGCACUCUUGGGGCUCGCUGAGCCCUGUUGAUUCGCGGUUGUCUUCGCCCGGUCUGCAGGACGGAUCAGACGAUGUCUGGUCUGCUGCCCCUUCUGCUUCUUCGCCUGGUGACAGCCAGAGCUCAGACUCACCGGUUUUGCCCGGCCAGUCUCCCAGGAUGACCCGCAAGCUGAAUGAUUCGCAAUAUGUUACCUCUGAUGAUCUUCACGGAAACAUGAUCCCCGCCAUUGGAGAGGAUGGCUUUGCCCUGCCCCAAUCUGCUUUUGCCUCGCGCCGCAUGAGCGGCGAGGGUGAGUCCGCUCGGGACCACUACCUCUACAAGAACGCCUUCCCGCACGCGGACGGUCUCUUCCACUGCCCCUGGGAGGGACAGGCGAGCUGCAACCACAAGCCUGAGAAACUCAAGUGCAACUACGACAAAUUCGUGGACUCCCACCUCAAGCCUUACCGCUGCAAGGUUGAGGGCUGCCAGAACGCCCGCUUCUCUUCCACUGCCUGCCUCCUUCGCCAUGAGCGCGAGGCGCAUGCCAUGCAUGGCCAUGGUGAGAAGCCAUACCUGUGCACCCACGAUGGUUGCGAGCGCUCCAUCGCCGGCCACGGCUUCCCCCGCCAAUGGAACCUGAGGGACCACAUGAGGCGUGUGCACAACGACAGCGGCGCUGCCGCCCAGCCCGCUUCCCCUCCUGCCUCUGGACCUUCGGCUUCGAGGGGCCGCAAGAGGAAGAGCGACGCUCCCGAGAAGCAGUCUAGCCAAGAGAAGGUUAGUUCUCGGAAGUCGUCCAAGGCCUCUGUCGAAACUGCCCCGGCCCCCAAGCACGCCGAGGUCGUCUCUCACCCGGAGAUCGACCAGUGGUUUGAGCACCAGAAGGCCCUGCAGAACGUCAUUCAAGGCUUUGUCCAGCCUGACGACCCGUCGACCCUCAAGUACAUCAAGGACGCCCAGGAGCACCUCAACGCCAUGGGGAAGCUCUCCAACGGUCUCAUCCAGGAAUCCCGCCGCUCGUGGAGGGGUUGA